GAAUUGUGUUGUUUGUCGUCGAUUGUCUGUGGGAUUUUUCGCUAUCGCAAUUCCAGUUUUUCAUGCCAUCUAAUUCGAAUAUUAGCUUUAAACAGUUGCCAAUUUAGUUGUCUAAGUGUCUGGUGCGUGAAAUGAGUGCGUAAGUGAGAAGUAUGUUUGAAUUUUCGAGGAGCUGAGCCACCCACAUAAAACCCAACCAGAGGCUACCUGCGAAGCGAAUUUGUUCUUUCAGUUAUUUCGCGAUUAUGGCUGAUUCAGAAACUGACUGGCUUGAAGAACUUCUCAGAGAUGUACAACUCGAACAAUUUCUAUCCCGUAUUCGAGAUGAACUGCAAGUCACUCGGUUAGCACAUUUUGACUACGUGCAUUCUGACGACUUAGAGCGCAUCGGUCUAGGUAAACCUGCGAUCCGUCGACUUCUAGAAGCAGUACGGAAAAAGAAAACCCAACAAUGGCGGAAAAACAUUUUAUCGAAACUGAUUGGCGGUGGAAAGCAGCCAAGCAAAAAGUCAGCCAGUGCAACAAACGAAAACAACACAUUUACAUCUCUGACCUGCUUAAUACACGAGAAAGAUGUAACCCUGGGUAUAAAGCUGGGUGAUGGGUCAUUCGGCGUCGUGAGACGUGGCGAAUGGAAUACUCCUACAAAUCGCAUGCUUCCGGUAGCUGUUAAGGUGCUGAAGGCCGACAAUCUGACUCAGCCAGGAAUCAUCGAAGAUUUCUUCCGGGAAGUUCAAGCGAUGCAUGCCUUGGACCAUCCCAACCUCGUACGUUUAUAUGGAGUCGUUUUGUCGCAACCAAUGAUGAUGAUCACGGAGUUGGCGGAACGAGGUUCACUUCUCGAUACCUUACGGAAACAAUGUCGAAAUACUCCAUUGCCAACUAUUUGGAAUUGGUCUGUGCAGAUAGCCACCGGAAUGGCUUACCUAGAAAGCAAACGAUUCCUCCAUCGAGAUUUGGCUUGUCGUAACGUCCUUCUCGCUUCCGGCAACAAAAUCAAAAUAGGCGACUUUGGUCUCAUGCGAGCUCUUCCUCAGCAAGAAGAUUGUUAUGUGAUGACUGAACAUAAAAAAGUACCUUUUCCUUGGUGUGCGCCGGAAUCUUUAAGAUAUCGGCAAUUCAGUCACGCAUCGGAUACUUGGAUGUUCGCUGUAACGCUAUGGGAAAUGUUCACCUUUGGAGAAGAUCCGUGGAUCGGUUUGAAUGGCUCUCAGAUUCUAAGGAAGAUCGAUAGGGAAGGAGAACGAUUACAUCAUCCAGAUGCUUGCCCACCAGAUGUGUAUCAGUUGAUGCUACAAUGCUGGGAUAAAACACCAUCGGAAAGACCAACAUUUGCCGCUAUCAAAGAGUUUUUAGCAGGUAUUGCACCUCCUCUUGCCAGAGCAGGGACGAGUUACAAUGAACCCAGUAGAUUAACCAUUGAAAGUAAUGAUUUGAUAGCUAUAAUUGACGGUAGGCCAGAUUUGAAAUAUAUCAAGGGGCAAAAUCAACGGACGUUUGAUAUUGGAACAUUUCCAAGAAAUAUAUUAGAGAAAAUGAAGUCUAAUAGCGACAUAAGCCGCCCAGUGCAUGACAGUUUUCGACAUACCGGACAUGGUAGUCCAUUUGGUCCGUCUUGGGGGAGUCCUACUUUCAUCGAUCCAGCGUACUUGGAAGGAAAUGUGGAGAUGAGAGGAAAUACCCUUGAUAACAAAGGAUUAGAUCGUCGAAGAAAAUGCUCUUCCUACCAAGUAAAAGAGAGGAAAAGUAACGCCGUAAAGCAAUUCGCAUACAAUAAGUUGGUAAACGAACGUGCUGAAAGUGUCCGGGUGAAACCGAAUAGGCCACCUCAGCCAAAAAUCAAUAACACUCAAAAUGGCCAAGAGGGGGUACUGAUCGAUUUAUCACCCGAUGGGAGUGAAUCCAUUGGCCAACCUUCAAACCAAAGGGAAGUAAGUAAUAAUAGUGCCAAAUCACAUAACAAUAGCGUGUGUAUUUUGGACGCUCCGAUUGACAUCCCAACGGAAGGCGAUUUAUACGAAACGGAGAUGAACGCUAUGAAUACUGUUUCAGUCUCAAGGGCUGAGCCACCGCCUUAUCAAAUGCCGCCCACCUACUCCAACACUAUCGAGUUCAGCCAAUUAUCGGCUUCCUCGAGCCCUCUUCAUAGUAUAAAUAAGCCGGCAGAUCGCAAUGAUCCCUUCGAUACAUCGGCAAUAAAUGAGUUAGCAAACGGUACGAACGUAUAUCAAUCCACAAAUCUGUACGGUAAUGUUAGCUCUGCAUCUGAGUCACCACAUCACCAAAACCUGGCAGCGAUUUGUAAUGGACUCUAUAAAAAAGAUAACAUGAACAUGGAUACGUCAACACCGUCGAGUAAAGGUGCGAUUUCUAAACAAAAAUUCAACGCCAGCUGCGAAAAUCGAUCCCCACCGGGAAGUGCUAAAAAAUGUUUGAAUUAUGAGCAAGCCGGGAAUUUAUCUACCCCCAACUCAUAUGGGUCGUAUGAAAAUCAAUCAAAAAUAGCUAAUGAUUUGUUAUCGAAUUCGCCAACAACUGCCACCGCCAUCGCCAUCACCACCACCGACCCGACCAGUUUGUCAGAUCUUAUGAAUGAUGAACUUGAAUUGAGGAAUGAUUCCAUGACAGUGAACCUAAGUGCGUUAUCAUUGAAUGAUACCACUAACUCAGAUAAGAGGCUUGAUGAAUCAUUUAUAGCGGAGUUAGAAAAAGAUAUGUACAAGAAUGAAUCAUCAACUUCGAAUUUGAAUGUUAAUACCAGUCAAAAUUAUUCGAAAGGAGAUGUUCAAAAGGAUAAUUAUAUAUCAGCGAUUCUCUCGCAGGAUAACACGGUGAAAACUUUUAAUACAUCUCCAUCUUCCUCCUCAUCAUACAUGACGCAAAAGAUAAACAAUAACGAUCAACGCUAUCAAAGCACUGCAUCGGUUUCAAACGCGGGACAAUCCCGAUACGCACUGUCUGAUUUAACUGCGCCGACUGUUGCUCCUAAACAAAUUAAUACAUCUCAAAAUGAUACGAAUGCGGUCAUCAAUCAGAUUUGGUAUGAAACCAUAUCGCGCGAUAACUAUGCCUCCUCACAAAAUAUAAACGAAAAUAUUUAUUCCAACUCAUCAUCUAUUCAAAAGAACCAUAACUAUGUCGCAGUAGCAAAUAAGCCACCAAACGCAUCAGCUUCCAUUCAAAAGAACCUCUAUUCCCUAACACCCAACAAAACCCAAUACGCUAGUAGUUUCUACGAUACUGUACCACCAACACCAGCAUCAUUUUAUGGACAAGUGCCUACUGCAUCCCAAACUAGCAAUCAAAUUUAUUCAACGACUCAACCUUUACAACCUGUGAUAUAUGAUGAAGUUUCGGUUGAUGAUUACCUGCGACCCCAUCGUCCUGCUCCCUUGGCACCACCUCAGCUGUCCGCCCAGCAAAUACAGCGACGUUUGGAAAAACAUCUGUACCAGCAGCAACAGCAGUCACAACAGCAACAGGGGAUAUAUAGCAGUUCGAAUUUUUCUGCAGAUUAUCAGACCACUAGGAUUGAUGCUCUGAUAAAAGACCUCGGAUCAUCUGUUAGUGAAAGUGACGCCCGACUGGCACUAAAUGCUGCAAAUUGGGAUCAUAAUAUGGCAGUGCGGCACUACAAAAUAGAGCAGUUGUUGAGGCUUGGCUUGGCGUCACGUCCUCAAUGUGAGCAAGCAUUACUCAAAACCGGUUGGAGCGUCGAACUAGCAGCAUCUGUACUUCUCGAACCGACCGUCUGAACACUGUAACUUGGGAAGCAAACUGAAAAUGUUCUGCGUCAUCAUAGCCGCAAACUAUUACUAUUUCAAAAAGUAUUGUUUUACCCUGUAUAAAAUGUAAAGCUAUCGAAUUAGAAAUUAGAAGAACGAAAUGUAUUCUCCAUUAUUUUUAUAUAUAUAAUAAUAAUAAAACCUAUUGACAAUUAUAAUCUACGGAAGAAAUCAAUUUUUACAUUGCCUUACUCGCCUUUUUUAUUCUCAUCUAUUUAUAUGAUUUUUAAACUGAGAAACAAAUAUGCCAAUUCGAAUACUACUUUAAGUUUACAAUAAAACGGAAAUACUUAGAAAAUGAGAAUUUAUAAAUCUACAUUGGAACAAUAUGUUGUCACAAAAAAUAUUAAAUGUUAAACGCUAGCUGGUAAGGACGAAAACGUGGAUGUAAGUUUUGCUUAAUGUGAUUUGAUCGUAUGUCGAUUUGAAAAGGUCGAUUGUUAGAAGUAGGUGAAGUAUUGACUUGUUAAUGUCACCAUUAUUUGAUAUCGAAGUAAGGGAUAUUUUCUACUAUGUCCUGAUACGAUAGAAUAACGAAACAAUACUCCUAUUUGAUAGAAAAAUAUGUAUAUAUUGAUGUAUAUUAAAUAAAUAGACAUGUUAAGAAAUGUAUGUAAAUGAAGAUAUAUAAAGUUAACCUAA